CACUACUUAACAUUUUCCUUUGUCAUGGUAACGAUAGACACAUAAUAUAAAGGAUCCUUUGUCUGUGUCCACUCCAGGCAGACCCAAAUUGUCAUUUGAACGAACAAAGCUAGCAGCAAUGAUUUCUCAUGUCUUACUGGUCACGUUGUUUCAUUAUGCUCUUUCAGCCUACACUGACCCUCACUGUAUUGGGGGCAAAGACGGUAUUGUUCAUCUGUUUGAAUGGAAAUGGAACGACAUAGCCGCUGAGUGUGAGAGAUUUCUCGGACCCUAUGGAUUUUGUGCUGUCCAGACCUCUCCAGCCAAUGAGAACAGAAUAGUCACCAACCCUUACCGUCCAUGGUGGGAGCGCUAUCAACCCGUCAGCUACAAGAUUAAUACCAGGAGCGGCUCCGAAGAUGAGUUCCGAAACAUGGUUGAGAAAUGUAACAACUCUGGGGUUAGAAUUUACGUUGAUAUCGUCAUCAAUCACAUGACGGAGUCUGGAGGUCAAGGUUUUGGAACAAAUGGAACUUUCUACGACGCCGACAACCUUCAGUUCCCGGGAGUUCCCUUCGGCCCGACGGACUUUAACGACGGCAGCUUGUGUCAUUCUGGCGACAUGAACAUCCACAACUACGGCAACACUGAGGAAGUCAGGAAUUGUCGUCUAGUCGGACUUCACGGUGGACUUUUAGACUUAAAGAUGGGCAAAGACUACGUGAGAGAUGAAGUGUCCGGCUAUCUGAAUCGCCUGGUUGAUUUCGGAGUUGCGGGAUUUAGAGUGGACGCCGCAAAACACAUGUGGCCUGGAGAUCUAAUAGUACUUUUUAGUAAGGUCAAGGAUCUCCCAAGUGGAGGGCGCCCAUUUGUGUAUCAGGAAGUUAUAGACCAGGGAGGGGAACCAAUCAAAGCUGAGGAAUACUUCGCAACUGGCAGAGUUACCAACUUUAGAUUUGGACUGCAGUUGGCCAAUGUUUUCAGACGUCAGAACGCCAUGAAGUAUCUGAGCAACUGGGGCACUGGCUGGGGCAUGUGGGCAUCAGACUCGGUGGUCAACUUCAUUGAUAACCAUGACAACCAACGAGGUCACGGUGGUGGUGGAGGGGUUCUCACACACUGGGAUCCCAAACCUUACAAGAUGGCCACUGCCUUCAUGUUGGCCCAUCCCUAUGGCAUGCCUAGAAUAAUGAGCAGCUACGAGUACAACAGGGCCAACAAUUACGAGGGGCCACCACACAACAGUGACAUGACCACGGCCAGUGUCCAGAUUACUGGUAUGAUCUGUACCAAUGGUUGGAGCUGUGAGCACAGAUGGAGACAAAUCUACAAUAUGGUCGGCUUCCGAAACAUGGUCUCUGGUACUGCAUUAGAAAACUGGUGGUCAGGGGCAGAUUACCAAAUUGCUUUCUCCAGGGGCGACAAGGGCUUUAUUGCACUGAAUCUGGAAGGUUUUGACAUCAACCAAAACUUACAGACUGGUCUCCCGGCUGGUAAGUACUGUGACGUCAUCAGUGGGGACAUUGAGAAUGACAGGUGCACGGGCAAGACGGUGGAGGUGCAUAACAACGGUACGGCCCAUAUCCAGGUGUGCUCCACCUGUGACGAUCCAGUGCUGGCCAUACAUGUCGGGGCUAAGAUUGGGUCACCACCUCAACGUUUUGAAACGCAACAUCAAGUUUAAACCCAACUCAGCCGAUCAAGCUUGAAAUAAACAGACGCCUUCGUGUCACUAAAAUAUUGAGAGCGGUUAAAAAAAAACAAUUGUUUUUUUGUUCUGUCCGUCCGUCCGUCCGUCAGCAUGUUGAAUCAAGAUUUCAUAAAACAAAAGUAUUAUUGAUAUUCUAAUUUCAAUAUUGACUUUCGAAUAAUUGUCAUACCUAAAAUCCCCCAUUGUUCUUCUGUAAUGUAUAUGAUGAUAAAUGGAAACCUUUUGGUAUCAACAUUUGUGAAUGGGUUGUAGGAUCAAACGUACUGAAUAACUAAGGUGCCCCUUGUUGCUUUGUGUAUCACAUGGAUAGCCUCAACAUUUUUUUUUACAUUUCUGUUCACAUAUAGUUUAAAGAGGUCAUUAAAUAUUCAUAAAAAAUAUAUAUGUUUUUUGAUAUUUGAAAGUAAUAUUGUUUUGAGAUAAAUCUCUUGCAUAAUUUCUCGCCAACCCUGCCAUUACAUUUUUGUGCAAAUACAUUA